AUGUUGCAUGGCUGGAGGCAGCGUCAUAAAAGCUGGUCCCGGUUGGGGCAACCGCCGCGGCAGCCCGGACGCAGACCACGAGCUGCUCACCGCGGCCGUCUGCGAUGCAAAGUUGUCAGUCGGGGCCGCCGAUGA